AUGUUGACUGUACUUCGGCGUCAAUGGACCGCGUGUUCUGCGCUUCGGUCGCGCCGUCUGCGAGCGUACAGAGGUACUGCGCCAUUAUGUAGCUCUAGUCACUUGAAAGACGAUGCACUGGCUAUGCAGGUGCAGAAGUGGCAGCAGCAGAAGCAGCAAGAGACGGCUGAUGGUACCGUCAAGUAUCUAUCGGUCGAUCGAUCGGCACUGAAACAGCCAAGCGCCGCGUGGACUAAUAAAUUAGGGGAAAGUGUCAAUGCAGUUAAGGAAAAGAGCCCAAAAAACGCUCUUGUGCACGUUCUCCGCUCGAUGAUUGAGGUGAAAGGGCCACUCACAGUUGCCGAGUUCAUGACACGCGCUGUGGGUCACCCCGAUCAUGGCUAUUACAUGAAGAAGGACGUGUUUGGCAGUCAAGGAGACUUUACAACAGCGCCGGAGAUCAGCCAGAUGUUUGGAGAGCUCAUUGCGGUGUGGUGCGUGGCAACGUGGCAGCAAAUGGGAACGCCGAGCCAUGUCAAGAUUAUUGAAAUGGGGCCGGGACGAGGCUCCCUCAUGAGCGACUUUGUGCGUGCUGCCAAGUCUUUUCCGCCGUUCUACGACGCUCUUGAGAUUCAUAUGGUGGAUAUUAGUCCAGCAAUGCAACAGAUCCAACAAGAGACGCUAAAGUGUGAGCCAGUCGAGGACGAGACAGCACCUGAAGACACCAUGCGGCUUCCCGAUAAAGGCCCAACAAUUCGCUGGCAUUCAGACUUGGCGAACGUCCCGCAUGGUCCAAGUUUGAUCAUCGCUCAAGAACUCUUUGAUGCACUGCCGGUACACCAGUUCGAGUACACUGACCGAGGCUGGUGCGAACGCCUUGUGGACCUCGACUUAGAAGAUGGCGAUGACCACUUCCGCUUUGUGUUGUCGCCUGGACCAACGCCGGCCACGCGAGUGUACAUUGGCCGUGAGAAACUGUUUGACCCGUCGACUGCACUAUCGCCCGUAGCCGAGACGCAUAUUACUGGUGUUGAAGACCUCGAGAAGAUGCAGAGCACUGUAUUUCAGCGCCUGGAUGUGGCAGAUGUGGUGGGCACUCCCGUGCGCACCACACAAGCGCAGGUCGGAGACAAGAUCGAGAUUUCUCCGGUCAGCAUUGCGCUCGUACAGGACAUAGCCAAACGCAUCUCGCAAUCAGGAGGCGGCGCGUUGAUUGUGGAUUACGGGUACGACCACCCGUCCGAGCUGAGUCUGCGUGGCAUCAAGAAUCACGAGUUCGUUAGUGUGCUGCGCGAGCCAGGUGACGUCGAUCUGAGUAUCGACGUCGACUUCGCCACGUUGCGGCGUUAUGCAGCAGCAGAGUCCAAGGUGCAGAGCUCGGGUCCCGUCGGUCAGGGCGUGUUUUUGAAGAACAUGGGCAUAGAGCAUCGCUUGGCUAUGCUGCUGCAACACACCGAGUCGGAGAAGGUUCAGCAGGAUCUGUUCUCGUCCUACGAACGUCUUGUAAAACCUGAGCAGAUGGGCAGCAUCUUCAAGGUCAUGGCGCUGACGCAUGCACAAAUUGGCCAGCCCGUGGGUUUCGAGGACGUUCCAGGUGCACCACAAGAGUCGUGA